AUGGGGGAUAGAGAUAAAACAAUUGAACGUGAAGAUUCAGAACCACCCGCAGGGGUGAAUCACACAGCCUCCGCACAUCAGGAAACACAAGAGAAGACAGUUAUGAACCUCAGAAGGAUAGAUGGAAAUGAACCAACAGAAGGAAGUAACCUGCUGAAUAGCAGUGAAAAAAAGCUACAAGAAACAUCGAUGGAAUCAAAUCAUUUGCAAAGACUGAGACAAACAUUUGCUUGCCCUCCACAUGGAUUACUGGAUAAAGUCAUAACAAAUGUUACCAUGGUGGUUCUUCUGUGGGCCGUAGUUUGGUCUAUUACCGGCAGUGAAUGUCUUCCUGGAGGAAACCUAUUUGGAAUUAUAAUCCUGUUCUAUUGUGCCAUCGUUGGAGGUAAACUGUUGGGGCUUAUUAAAUUACCUACAUUGCCUCCACUGCCUCCUCUUCUUGGCAUGCUGCUUGCUGGGUUUCUCCUCAGAAAUAUUCCAGUUAUCAGUGAUAAUGUACAGAUCAAGCACAAGUGGUCAUCAUCUUUGAGAAGUAUAGCCCUAUCAAUCAUAUUGGUUCGUGCUGGCCUUGGAUUGGAUUCAAAGGCCCUGAAGAAAUUGAAGGGUGUUUGCGUGAGACUGUCCAUGGGUCCUUGUCUUGUGGAGGCAUGCACAUCUGCUCUUCUUGCUCAUUUCCUGAUGGGUUUACCAUGGCAAUGGGGAUUUAUACUGGGUUUUGUUUUAGGUGCUGUAUCACCAGCUGUUGUGGUGCCUUCAAUGCUCCUAUUGCAGGGAAGAGGCUACGGUGUUGAAAAAGGUGUCCCAACCUUACUCAUGGCCGCUGGCAGCUUCGAUGACAUUCUAGCCAUAACUGGUUUCAACACAUGCUUGGGCAUGGCAUUUUCCACAGGCUCCACAAUUUUUAAUGUCCUCAGAGGAGUUUUGGAGGUAGUAAUUGGUGUGGCAACUGGAGCUCUUCUUGGAUUUUUUAUUCAGUACUUUCCAAGUAGUGACCAGGCCAACCUUGUGUGGAAGAGAGCAUUCCUUGUUUUGGGAUUCUCUGUGCUCGCUGUUUUCAGCAGCAUAUAUUUUGGUUUCCCUGGAUCAGGAGGACUGUGUACAUUGGUCAUGGCCUUCCUUGCAGGCAUAGGAUGGACAAGCAAAAAGGCAGAGGUUGAAAAAAUAAUUAAAGUUGCCUGGGACAUUUUUCAGCCCCUUCUUUUUGGACUAAUUGGAGCAGAGGUAUCUAUUGCAUCUCUUAGACCAGAAACUGUUGGUCUUUGUGUUGCCACCUUGGCCAUUGCAGUAUUGAUACGAAUUUUGACUACAUUUCUGAUGGUGUGUUUUGCUGGUUUUAACAUAAAAGAAAAGAUAUUUAUUUCCUUUGCAUGGCUUCCUAAGGCCACAGUCCAGGCUGCAAUAGGAUCUGUGGCUUUGGACACAGCAAGAUCACGUGGAGAAAAACAGCUAGAAGAAUAUGGAAUGGAUGUGUUGACAGUGGCAUUUUUGGCCAUCCUCAUCACAGCCCCAAUUGGAAGUCUACUUAUUGGUUUGCUGGGCCCCAGACUUCUCCAAAAAGCUGAACAUCAAAACAAAGAUGAAGAAGUUGAAGAAGAAACUUCUGUACAAGAAGAGGUGAAAAGAGAGAUUGCUAAACAUAACAAUUAG